CCGUGCUCUGUCUGGGGCAGCAUGUCGAUUUUCCUGCGUAGACUACUGGCAGCACGUGACACGAACAACACAACACCAAACUCCUCCUAUCCAGAAGACCAAUAGCCACGCCGAGACAAUGGAACGCUAUAACGAGUCGCUGGAGAAGAUGAAGCCCGUGGACCUCGAUAAGGUCUCCAAUGAGGACAAGUUGAAACUUUACGGCCUCUUCAAGCAGAUCAACGUAGGGGACUGCGACACUAAACGACCAGGCAUGAUGGACAUGAAGGGAAAGGCCAAGUGGGACUCUUGGAAGGGUAUGGAAGGCAAAUCAAAGGAUGACGCCAUGAACGAGUACGCUGACCACGUGGAGCACAUCCUGGCCUCCUUGGCCUAAAGUGCUCGUCGGAAGAGCACCGCGGGAAGGCGCAAGGUCUUUCACGAAAAUAUGGGAGAUCCGCCUAGGAAACGGAGAUCCUUUCGAAACCACGUGGUCUUUCUCGGACAAGGAGCCCGGCAGCGCUCGGCUAGCUUUGUUUUUUUAUUUCGUGUGUGUAAAGCAGCAGGUCGAUGUUGAGGGGAAUUUUUUUUUUGGCUUUGGACAUUGUGGACGUGCGUUGGGUGCAACCUAUUAAGUAGCUAAGGCGGUCAGCUAGCAAAGUAUACGAUUGAAUUGAAACGAAACGGAGACUAGUGCGUAAAUGACAAUCAGAUACUGAAGUAGAUGGCUUUGGGGAUUUGUUUCGUCCGAGUCGACGUUCCCCCCCCCCCCCC